AUGAGUCGUGCUGAAGUUGAUUUACAAAGCAGUGUUAAAAAAGCUUGCAAUGCUGAUGAAGUUCCACCGAAAAGAAAACAUGUUAGGGCUUGUAUAGUUUAUACUUGGGAUCAUAAAAAUUCAAGAGCAUUUUGGAAUGCUGUCAAAGUUCAACCACUUCAAAGUAAUGAGAUUCAACUAUUCAAAGCUUUAAUUAUGAUUCAUAAAGUUUUACAAGAAGGUCAUCCUAAUACGCUUAAAGAUGCUUACAGAAAUAGAGAUUUUAUUUCAUCUUUAGCAACAGUUUUUCCAUCCCAUGGCCUGGCUUAUGGUAGGUUAAUUAAUCAGUAUGAUAGAUAUUUAUUACAAAAAUUGGAUUUUCAUCGUAACAAUCCUGGUUUUAAUGGUACUUUUGAAUAUGAAGAAUAUUUAUCUUUAAGAGCUGUAAAUGAUCCAAAUGAAGGUUACGAAUCUUUAUUACAACUAAUGGAUCUUCAAGAUCUGAUCAAUGAUUUACAAAAACUUAUUUUUGCAACUAUUCAUCGAAGUCAUAGUAAUUUAUGUAAAGUUAGUGCAUUAGUUCCAUUAAUUUCAGAAUCAUAUGGUAUAUACAAGUUCUGUAUAUCUAUGCUUAGAGCUAUGUAUCAACAAUUGGGUGCUGAUGAUGCGUUACAAGGUUUAUUUGAUAGGUUUGAAUCACAACAUUUCAUGUUAAGGGAUUUUUAUACGGAUUGUCAAUCCAUAAAAUUUUUAACAAGUUUAAUAACUAUACCUAGACUUCCAAAUAGUGCACCAGAUUUACAAGUAAAUGAAGAAGGACAAAGUGUUACUCCAAAACCAAGGGAAUUUGAUGAAAGUACUCCUCAAUUGUCUUCUCAACCAACUUCAAACUUAGAUUCAUCAUCAAUGGCUCCAUCUAUUGAACAAAUUAAUACACAACAAACUGGUUAUCUUUUUGAACAACAACAAGAGCAAGAAAGAAUUCAACAGCAACUUGAACUUCAACGUCAACAACAGUUACAGCAACAACAAGAGCAGCAACGUUUAUUUGAACAACAGCAGAAAGAUCAAGAACGAAGGUUUCUUGAGGAACAACAAGCACUUCAAAUGCAACAAACUCAACAUCAACAAAGCAGAGUUGCAGAGCUCGAACACGACUUGCUUUUGUUCAAAAACCAAUAUGACAAUGAUCAAAAUCUUUUACAACAAUAUGAUUCAAGGGUAAAAUCUUUAGAAAAUGAAAUGGCAGCAUUCAACAAUACUGCAACCCAACAAAUUACUUCCAAAAAUGAUCAAAUUAAGAAUCUAGAAGAUCAAAUCACAAAUUGGACCAAAAAAUAUGAGUCCCUUGCAAAGUUAUAUUCUCAAUUACGUCAAGAGCAUUUAAAUUUAUUAGCUAAAUUCAAAAAAAUUCAACAAAAAAUCAGCAGUGCUCAAGAAUCCAUAAUGAAGAAAGAAAAACUUGAAAAAGACUUGAAAGCAAAAAAUGUUGAAUUAGCUGAUUUAAUCAGAGAAAGAGAUAGAGCAAGACUCGAUAUAGACAGAGUUAAAGCUGGUAAAGAUCAAGAAAUUGAAAAACUAGAAAUGGAAAUAAGAGAGUUAAAUGUAACAGCAAAAGAAUCAGGAAAACUUCAAAAUUUAAAUUUGUCAUCCAUUAUGUCUAAGCAUGAAAAAGAAUUAAACGACUUGAAAAGUCAAUUGGAAGAAAGAAAUAGUCAAGUUAAAUCUUUGGGUAAUAACGAAUCAUUACAAUUGAAACUCAAAGAAAAGGAAACUGAAUUAGAAAUUGCAAACCAGUCGCUUGAUGCUGCUUACGAUGAAUUAAGUAGGUUUAAACAAGAUCAAGAUGAUAUCGUAAAUGCGGAAAUAGAUCAAAUUAUUUUGUCACAACUUGCCAGAUUCAAGAAUUUAAUAGAUUCGUUAUUGGAAAGCAAUAUAAUUCGUAUUAAUGAUUUUAAGCAUGAAUUUACUUUAGUUGCUCAAACUCAGGUCUCAAAUUCUUCACCUGAAUAUUUGUUAUCACUUAUAGAACUUUGUUCAGACACAGCAACUGAUUUUGCAUCUACAUUUAAUGGUUAUAUAGCAGAGGAUAACAAUCAAGAGGAAGCAACAUUUUCAGAAAUUAUUCUCAAUUGUUCUUCAUUAACAUCAUAUAUCAACUAUUUAGCUAUAAGUGCCAAAGGUGUUGCUGAAAGUUCACCAAAAAAGCAUGAAGAAUCAAUUUCUACUUUUGUUAUUAAAGUACUUAAUAGUGUUGAAAGCUAUUAUAAAGGUUUGAAAUCGGAAGCUUUAGAUAAGUUGGGAGAUACAGAGGAUAAAAUCGAUCUGAUUAUUGAUUAUAAUCUUGAAUUACAAACUUCUUUGAAAGAAUUAUCUACGGAAAUUGAUUCUUUGAAAGGAUCUAAUGGUAUUAAAUUUACAGGUGAUUUGGGUCAAUUAGUUGACAAAGAGAUGCAACAAACUGUUGAUGCUGUUACAUCCGCAUCAAAAUUCUUGAAUGAUUUAUUAAAAAAUCCAAAUAUUUAUGGUGGUAACAUCGAAAUUCAUGAAACUUUAUUAUCUUGUGCUAAAUUAAUUACCGAUGCAGUAGGACGUUUGAUACUUGCAUCCGUAGAAUCCCAACGGGAGAUUGUGGACAAGGGUAAAGGAUCGCAAUCAAAAACUGAAUUUUAUAAGAAAAACAGUCGUUGGACCGAGGGUCUUAUCAGUGCUUCCAAAGCCGUUGCUGGAUCAACCAAUAUUUUAAUUCAAACUUCUGACGGUGUAUUGAAAGGUAAAAAUUCACAUGAAGAAUUAAUAGUUGCAUCAAAUGAAGUUGCUGCAUCUACUGCUCAAUUAGUAGCAGCAUCAAGAGUCAAAGCUAAUUUUAUGUCAAAAGCACAAGAUAGUUUGGAAGUUGCAUCAUCUGAAGUUACUCGUGCUUGCAAAUCUUUAGUUAACAAAGUUCAAAGUUUAUUAACUAAUGGAGAUCAAUAUAACAAUGAUAUUGAUUUAAGUAAAUUAACUCCAUAUGAAGGUAAAACUCUUGAAAUGGAACAACAAGUUGAAAUUUUAAAGCUUGAAAAUAAGUUAUUAGCUGCUAGAAAAAGAUUAGGAGAGAUUAGAAAACUUGGAUACAUGGAUGAUCACAGUGAUGAUGAAUAA